GUUCGGAGUCGGAGAGGGGAGGACUCAGCAGCUCGUGUGUUUGUCUCACUGGAAACAGAAGCGCUCGCUGUUAGGCUAAGCUAAAGACUCUGACCACUGUUCUACCACCGCUGUGCUUCAGCGCACAGAUGGCACCUCGUAUGGAUGACGUCAUGCGCCUGUGCUGUGAAAUUUCGGCUCAUGACCAGAUCAAAGUGGCGGUGAAAAGCUCCGCCAAAGGAGCGGCGGUGGCGGGGGGUACAGCGUUCGUCGGCGGGCUGCUCGGUGGACCCGCGGGGAUUGCUGUCGGCGGGGCGGUGGGGGGUCUGCUGGGCAGCUGGCUAACCAGUGGUCAGUUCAGGCCUCUGCCUCAGAUCCUGAUGGAGCUGCCGCCCAAUCAGAGGGAGCAACUAUACCGGGACAUCAACGGCGUCCUGGGCAGCCUGGACUGGAUGGACGCAGCCCAGCUCAUCGCCCUGGUGAUGGGCAAUGCCACACUGCAGCAGCAGGUCACUGCCGCCCUGCUCAACUACGUCUCAAAGGAACUCAGAGCGGAGGUGCGGUAUGGGGACUGAGCUGGGGCUCAACACGGACCUCAGGCAUUCCCAGUGGCAGAUGCUGGUGUUGUCAGGGAGACACUGGGAACAAUGGCUGCCUCAGCCUGUUAGUACUGUAGGAAAACAAAAUAAUGUUUUCUGUGCAAACUUCAUUCCUAAUGUUUUACAUCUUGUUGAUUUAAUCCCACAUUUUCUCUAUUUCAAACUAUGCUGCCUUUUGUUUAUUUGAAGUGUCAAUAAGUUUUUAUUAUUUCAGUUCAAGGUCACCUUCAUUUAAAAAAAAAAUUAAAAUUAAUGAACAAAUCAGUGAAGUGAUCAUCAGUAGCUCAGGUUGAUAACUGAAGAACAAAGCAAGAAUUCACAGCAUUCACUCCAAAGUUAGAAAGUAAAGACUGUAAUGAUCAAGCUUCUUUUAUCUAAAUAACAAAAUGAAUAUACAGUUCAGGCUGAAAUUAUUCAAACCACAAGUGAAUCUAAACUUAAAAUGAUCUCAUGUGCCUUCUGGCUGGAAGUCAUGUUAAUGUUAUGGAUCGGCCCAGACAGUCCUGAGCAUAAAGGUUAGGGUGAUGGUAAAGAGGCCUUCCAACCUCAAAGACCUGGAAGGCAUCAGAAAUAAAUAAUGAAAUAG